AUGAGGAACAUCAGGGCAGCCACGGAACAUCUCAUCGGCUUGGGGUGGGAGUCCUGGCGCUUGGGGAUCUGCAAGGCAGUUGUUCCACUGCAGGCUGCCUGGAAAGCCUUCUCUCAGCCUGUCCCAGCCAGCUGUAACGAACUACUGACCCAGCUUCUCCUGUGUGUUUCCUUGGCCAGUCUUGUCGCAGGCCUGGCUCAUCACUGGCUGGUCUCUUUGCAGCUUUAUCCUUUGGGACCCCCUGCCCUGGUGACCGCUCUCUGUGGUCUCUUCGUCUUCCUGAGCCUGGGCCUGGUGCCCCCCAUCCGCUGCCUACUUGCGCUCAGUGUGCCAACCCUGGGUUCCGAGCAGGGCCGCCGCCUGCUCCUGUCCUACAGUGCAGCCAACUUGGCUGUCGCUGUGGUGCCAAACGUCUUAGCCAAUGUGCGUGCCGUUGGGCGAGUGCUGAGCUGUGUUACUGAGGGCUCGUUGGAGAGUCUGCUUAAUACCACUUACCAGCUACACCAGGCAGCCAGGGAACUGGGCCCAGCCGGCCGAGCAGGCAGCCGCAGCCUGACAUUUGAGGCCGAGGGCAAUGGCUCAGCCUUCUGCCUUCACAUGCACACGGUCACUCAGGAGAUCCUGGAAGAUUUCUCUGGCCUGGAGUUCCUGGCUCGGGCAGCACUGGGCAUUCAGCGGGUGGUCACCGGGUUGUUCCUCCUGGGCCUCCUGGGCGAGUCGGCCUGGUACCUUCAUCGCUACCUCACUGACCUGCGCUUCGACAAUAUCUAUGCGACUCGGCAGCUGGUGCGGCAGCUGGCCAGGGCUGGUGCCACACAUCUGCUGGCCUCUCCACCUCCGUGGCUGCUCCAAACAGCCCAGCCUAAGCUGUCACAGGAGGAGCUGCUGAGCUGUCUCCUAAGGCUGGGGCUACUGGCACUGCUCUUAGUAGCCACGGCUGUGACGGUGGCCUCAGACUAUGGGGCUUUCCUCUUGGCACAAGCAGCAGUAGCCUGGGCUCAGAAGUUACCCACGGUCCCAAUCACACUCACAGUCAAAUACGAUGCCUCCUAUAAGGUCCUGGACUUCAUCCUCUUCGUCCUCAACCAACCUCCGGUGGAGAGCGUGUUUGCCUCUGUGCAGCGCUCCUUCCGGUGGGAGCUGCGCUUCACGCCCCACGACUGCCAUCUGCCGCAGGCUCAACCGCCCCGUGUCACCGCUGCUCUGGCGGCGGGCGCCCUGCAACUGCUGGCGGGCGCCACCUUAGUUCUGCAGGCCUACACCUGGCGCCUGCGCCACACCAUCGCCGCCUCCUUCUUCCCGACCCAGGAAGCCAGGAGGCUUAGCCACUUGCAGGCACGGCUCCAGAGGAGACACGACCGAGGUGACCACCUGAACAGACAGCCCGGCACUAUAGCCACCCCGGGGACCCAGGAAGCCUGGACAGGGGACUAG